AUGCAAAAGAUGAAUACACCACAAACUAAUGAUUCUUUUUUAAAAUGGGAUACAGCUCGAGUGGCCACCUAUUUCAACUCAUUAGUCCACGGAGGCGGAGUUGACAAAAGUAUAAGCUCGGCAUUUCUAGAUAACAACAUCGAUGGGUCUCUUUUAGCUUUCAUUACUACUGAACAUUUGAAAGAAAUUGGCAUUCAAUCAUUGAAAACGAGACUUGUUAUCAAGAAAGGCAUUACUGACUUAAUCGCCAACCACUAUCAGAACCACCCGCCUCAAACAAUUUUUGACCCCGAAUAUAUAUUGAGUAAUGUUAAUAUUAGUAACAACCAUGUCACAAUCGAAUCCUUGAAACUAACAACGGUAUUGAUUCGUGAUGCCUUACGAAAAUUACACAACAAGGACCUAAAGGACCAAAAUGCACACAUUGACUCCCCCGUUUCGCCAACACAAAGUGAAAUAAAGAGACUCAAUGAUAAUUUCGUCAAGUUGAAAACUGACUUGAUUCCAAUAAUCAGAUUGUUAAAGGACUCAAAACCUUUACCAACACCAACCCUAGACCCCGGCCCAACUGCCUCGUCUCCGUCCUACUCAACCUACUUACAUGAUCACGAUGUUUACGAGAAACUGGUGCCCAAGACAGAUAAUAUUUCGAGCCGUAUAACAACGGAAGGAGGAGCAGGAGCAGGAGGAGCAGGAGGAGGAGCACUAGAGAUAGGCGCGACAACGGCGCCAGCAACAACAAACACUACAACAACAAUAACAACAACAACAAUACCUAGUCCUGCUUCAAACAGAUUUUCAUCAGGCACUCUUUUGUCCAUGGGAACAGGUAAAAUAGUUUCUCAGUCUAUACCCAAGUUUUCGGAUCCAAAGAGCUCAUCUGAGUUUAAAUUGCAAAAGGUGGGUAUACCGAAAAGCGCAAUCAAUAGAAAUAUCGAGUCUGCGCUGGCUCUUGCUAAUUUGAGGCCAAAAUUAAAUGAGAACCCUUCUUCAAAUUCAACCAUAACAGUUGAAACAAUAAACAAAAACUUGGGCUCUACCGUUGGACCAAUGAAAAUGCAGACACUUCAGACACUUCAGAACAAAUUACAGCCUGGAACUACAACCCCCGGUAACAAUAUCACUUCAGUGGUUACACCUCUAUCCCAAAGCAACAUUACUAGUACUGCUGCUACUGCUGCUGCUACUACUACUACUGCUGCUGCUGCUGCUAAUGCUACUACCACCAACAUAAAUACAAAUGCCAACAACGCCAACAUUAACAACAACACACUUCCAGCGCAAAAGAGCCAUGAGCAAACAGCAAAUGAACCGCUAAAACAAUUGCGAGCGUCUACAGAUGAUUCUUGUUUGAAGAUUCUACAACAAGCGAUGAAGCGCCAUCACAUUCCUCGAGACGACUGGUCGAGAUACGUGCUUGUAAUCUGCUACGGUGACAAAGAGCGAAUCUUGAAGUUGGCUGAAAAGCCUGUGGUUAUCUUUAAAGAAUUACAAGAAUUGGGACGACAUCCAGCUAUCAUGUUGCGGCAAUUGGCUGAGGACCUUCCCGUUGAGACACGUGAAAGUUCUCUCUACGAAGAUUCAAGGCUUGCGGUUGAAAUCCCCGGAGGUACUUUGUAA